UUUACACCCAGCAUACAAACGGGGGGACCCGAACCCCGACCAUAGUGCACUGUCUCGAAAGCUCAAACACUACCAUUCCAACAACUUAUUAGACUAUUCAAAUGCAACUAGAGGUGAAAUGGCAGGCGUCCAAGCGCCCGAUGGCGAUGACUGAUCAGUAACUAACCCGGUGAGCAAGUCAAUAAACUAGUUACAAGCAAACCGAGCCUCAGGCGAAAGCGGUGGAUCAUAACUUCCUUUAUUUGAACAGAAAUGGUCCAAUCGAUUUUAUGCAUACCACAGCUAGUUUAACUGGAUUUUUAUACCGGGAACUUAAUCCGUCGCCAGCAGCGUCAGCGUGGCGGGUCUGCAGCAGGUAGCGGCCGCGCAGAUCCGGCGUAAAAUGCGGCUCUUGUGCACCGGCCCCUUGCUUUGUGCCCGUGUGACAGAGAUGACACUCUUUGCGUCUCUGAAUCUAAGUUAGCACUGCACUGUCUGCUACUUAAUCUGCCAGAUCGCCCUCAUAAUAAUAAACACCAAGACCCAACGACGAUCGGCAUCAUGAACGUCGCUGAAGUGGAGGAGCACAUUUCCCAAAAGUAUGAAAUAAAGCGCCGACUUGGAAAGGGGGCCUACGGGAUUGUGUGGAAGGCCGUCGACCGCAAAACAGGAGAAGUUGUGGCCGUGAAAAAGAUAUUUGAUGCUUUUCGGAACAGGACUGAUGCUCAAAGGACGUUUCGUGAAAUCUUGUUCCUGCAGGAGUUUGGAGGUCAUUCCAACAUCGUCAAGCUGCUUAAUGUAAUAAGAGCCCAGAAUGACAAAGACAUCUACCUGGUGUUUGAAUUCAUGGAGACAGACCUGCACAUGGUGAUUAAGAAAGGAAACCUUCUGAAGGACAUUCACAAGCGUUACAUCAUGUACCAGGUGCUUAGGGCCACCAAGUUCCUGCACUCCGGCAACGUGAUCCACAGGGAUCAGAAGCCUUCCAACAUCUUGCUGGACACAGACUGCUCCGUGAAGCUGUGUGACUUCGGCCUGGCCCGCUCCCUCUAUCAGAUCCAGGAAGAUGCUGGGAACCCCGCGUUGACCGAGUACGUGGCGACGAGAUGGUACCGAGCCCCCGAAAUCCUGCUGGGCUCCUCCAGGUAUACAAAAGGUGUGGACAUGUGGAGCGUGGCCUGCAUCUUGGGUGAGAUGCUGCUGGGCAAGCCUCUCUUCCCGGGAACCUCCACCAUCAAUCAGAUCGAAAGGAUCAUGAGCACCAUCCCACACCCUACGCCAGAAGAUGUGUGCUCCAUUAAGUCAGAGUAUGGCUCUUCGGUCAUCCAGAGGAUGCUGCUACGGCCACAGGUUCCUCUAGAGGACAUGCUGCCGUCCUCCGUGCCCCCAGAUGCCUUGGACCUUUUGAAACGCCUGCUGGUCUUCAACCCUGACAAGAGAAUGACGGCUGAACAGGCCCUACAACACCCCUACGUUUCCAGGUUCCACAACCCAGCCAAGGAGCCGAGUCUGGACUUCGACGUGGUCUUGCCAGUGGAUGACGACGUCCAGCUGUCUGUGACGCAGUACCGCAAUAAGUUAUACGAUAUGAUCCUGGAGCGGAGAACCAGCCUUCGCAUGCAGCGCCGGGCCCAGCAGAAGGAGAAGGAGGAGUCCAGAGCAGGUGGUGGCUCCAGGCCCCAAGAUGAGGAGGCAACCAGACAAAGCAAGGUGCAGGACAGGCAGAAGGAGCCUCCCAAAUCCCAGCCUGCCAAAGAGAGGACGAGCCCCUCGGUCAGCCCCGAAGCGAGCAAGACCACCUACAACCCUAUAACACACAUCCCCAACGGUGUGAUCAAGCCAGUCUCCAACACAGCAAUGCAGCCCUGCCUCCAACGAGCUGUGGCUGCCAGCAAACCACCUGCGGAACACAAAUAUCAGGAGAGUGUAAUCACGCGACCAACAGAGGGCGCCAACGGCAGCGCACCCUCUGUUGCCCCAGAUCCAUGGCAAUGCGGUGGCUCCUCCCCCAUGUCCCGCACGCGAUCUUUCUCUCUGACGCUCACACGACCCCAGCUCAACCCACUGCUGAGAAGGGACGAGCCCGCUGCGUCUGGCAUCGCAGUCUCCUCUGCCCGCCUGAACCAGAGAUCGCCAGCCCAGUCACGAGACGUACGGCCACCUCCCAGGUUCAGUAAGAAAGUCUUCCAGAGCCAGUCCAACGUAGGGGCAUCGGGAGACCCCCGGGCUAAACUGGGGAGCUACUCCCAAGCGUACGGCACCAUCAACAAAAGUGAACUGGAGAACCUGCUGAGGAACCGGCAGACCCAGUGAGCAUCGAAACGGUGGAAGCGAAGGCAUGGAGAGGCGGCAAAGAAAAAUGGGAGAAGUGGAUAGGACGACGAUCAAAGAUGGAAGGGCAGGAACUCAUCACAAAAUGCAGAGCUCCAGACUGAAGCCUGCUAACAAGAGUAUAGCACUGUGGAUGUUCUCUGCAACCCUGAAGGGGGAUAAAGAGCAGAGCCGCUUCAGCGGGUCACACUCAGACCACACACCACACCACAACAUUUUGUCACCUCCAAACAGAUCUUGGUUGAGAUGGGCAGAUCUUGUUUGCCAAAGGAAUUUAAAAAACAUUUUUAAAUCAGUCUAUCCUCAAUGUUUUUGCUCAUAUCUCUCAUACUAAACACGCCACUCUUAAGAGCUGUUCUUUAAAGAGGACAAUUUAGCCUGUAAGAUGACGUCAGAGUUGUGGGGUGUUUCAUUUUACCAUCCCAGCGCUUUAAAAAAAUGGCCUGAUAUGGCCAUUUAGGUAAUUAUUAAAACAAAACUCGUUUCAUAAUUCGUUAAAACCGGUAGUAUUAUAUAACCUUAAUACAACAGACAUUUGAUAAUAAUUAAUAUCUUGAAAAGGUUAGAUAAGAUCACAACAUAACUUGGAAGUUUCAAAUAACUACAAAAAAUCAGAGCAACAGGUAUAAAAAAACAAUGGUGGAUUUGCUCGGGGUAUUUAUAAUUUUUUUAAUUGCACGAGUUAAGGACAGGUAGCUGCUGUCUGUCCCCAUUCUGAAAAGGAAAGAGGAAGGCGCUGCAACGAACUGUUGGUCACGGGGUAAUUUGAAACAUGCGGUCUGUGGCCCUUUAUCACAUUCGUAUGUUGCUUAAAUGCAAGAUCACCUCUACUUCUUCAUUAGGAAAAAAACUGAGUAAAGUUCAUCUCUUAUUCAUGUGCAGGCUACUUAAGAUCCGCACACUUUACGAUGAAAUGCAGUUAAACGUGAUUAAUGACAUCCGAAGGGUGACGGUCUAAGUCAAACGACUGCUUUUGGUUAAAAAAAAAAAAUCGACGCACUGUUUCCACAGAACAAAGGGUUUCUAGUCGAUUCGUGAACGAAACGUUGUUUGGAACCGGUUCUUCUCAGUGAGUCGGCCGAAACUGUUGUCAAAUCUAAACAAAAUAUAAACCAAAAAAUUGUUCUAAAUGUAGAAGUAUUACAUUCUAAAAAUAUCUGACAAAUUAAUACCCCUUCCACAUACCGUAAUCUAUUGGGUUUAUGCAGCGUCUCUAACUCCUCGUUCGCUAAGAUCGACCGAAUUACUGAAAGCCGGUUCUUAAGAACGAAUCGUUCGUGAAUCGACAACAUUACUCGGUAGUUUGGCCAGUUGGGCGUUACUUGGCGAGGCUCCUAGGACCCGAAUCUCACCGAGUUUUACCUAUUCUGGUGGUACCGAAAGGCUGCUCGAAAGUAUCGGGGUACGUUUCACAAAAUCUCCCGUUAGCAGCUUAGCUGGAAUCGUUCAGUUGCAUAUGGCACCAGCUAUGUAAGCUGCUAACGUUCUUAGCAACUGUGUGCUUUUGGGAAACGUAUCCCCUUGGUUAGAGCCCUUGUGAACAGCGUUUGCUGAGGCAAACAAUAUAAUUUAAAGCCUACGCAUUCUACACAUUAAUAAACUAAAGAUACGGUA